AUGACAUCAGUUGCUGUUUCUACGCCUCACAAGGCAGAGGAUUUCAAAUUUGUCAAUGACGUGGCGGAGGGUUUGGAAGUCAGCAGUGUGGGCCAAAUCAAGACCUCUAAGGUGGACCCUGAAGUCUUCUUGGAAGCCCAGAAAAAGGUUUACGGGAUAACACACGGUGACUGGAGAGACGACUUUGUACGGGAUGGUUAUGCUAUUGUGCGUGGUGCAAUUCCUCUGGAUCGUGCUCUUGGUUACCGCAAGCGCAUGCUUGACUACAUCCAGUCUUUUGACAAUCCAGAGUUAGAUCUAAACGACAGAUCUACCUGGGUCGCCAAAAAUCUCCCAGCUCACAAUAAAAACAACAUCUACUUCAGCUAUUGUUGUGCUCACGAAGAUUUCAUGUGGGAUGUGCGACUAGAACCGGGUGUUAUCGCUGCUUUCAGCACGCUGUGGGGCACGGACGAACUGUUGGUUUCUUUCGAUGGUUUCAAUGUUUCGUUUCCAGGACGCCCAGACCGUGACCCAGCUCCAGGAUGGCCUCAUGUGGACCAAUCACCUUUCAAGAAGGGACUUCAUUGUGCUCAGGGAAUUGUCAACCUGAGUAAUGCUGACGGGCCUGAAGACGGUAGUUUGACUGUUGUCAAGGGAUCGCACAAAUUGGUUCCAGAAUUUUUUGAGAAUCUUGACAGGGAAUCCUGGGAACAGAGAGACUUCUAUUCGUUCUCGGAAGAACAAUACAAAGAUUUUCUGGCCAAGGGCUGUGAGGUGAUAAAGUUGGAUGUUGCGCCUGGUGAUUUGAUAUUGUGGGAUUCGCGCACCAUUCAUUGGGGCCAAGAACCUAGUCCCAAAUCGAACGUGAUUCGUACUGUGAUUUAUGCAUCAUACACUCCUAGCCGUUUUGCUACAGAAGAUACCAUCCAAAUGAAGGCCGAAUUGUUUAGAAGGUGGUGUGGAUCUACUCAUUGGGCCCACGAUAACCUGAGGCCAAGACUAGAGAUUCCGCUACUUCCAGAUGGGUCGAAAGACCCAAGAAGUCGUACUGAGCCAAAGAACAAACCAGAACUCACGGAUAAGCUUCUUAGGCUUGCAGGUGUCUUGCCAUAUGAUAAGUUGACUUGA